GGAGCGAAUCCAGGCGGCAGCAGCCGCCGUGUCAGUUUAAUAGCUCUCCCCGCCCGCUCGGAGCGCUCAGUCUUGCCCUGAGCCCGCCGGGCACGUCGUUGGAGGAGCCCAGCAGAGAAGAGAGACGCGUCGCCGCGCCUCGUCGAGGGGAACAAGCGGGGACUCGCUAGCAGAAACCUGGAGCAGCAGGAGCCAGCCCCGAGUCACGAGGGGCGACGGGAGCACAGGGGGCGGGCUGGCACAUCCCCUGCAUGUGCCACUUCCCUUUGCCUCCUGACAGGAGGAGGUGGCUUUCCCUCUGCUCGGCAGCCUUCGCCCUCGCUUCCUCGCCCCAGUCAUGGUGGGUCACCUGCAGCUGCAAGGAAUGGAAGACAGCCUAAAAGAGAAGAACCGGGAAGGUUUGCUGGAUAGCCCGGACUCGGGGCUGCCCCCCAGCCCUAGCCCACCUUUCUACUCCUUGUCUCCAGGCAUCAUUGAAAACAGAGCUGGGGGCAGCAGCUCUGCCACGGACAUCCUGGGACAUGGGCACAGGAAGGAUGGCAAAGAAGGGAAAGUGAUCCCUUAUCUUCUUCUGAAUGCCUCCACAUCAGAACCAAGGCCUCGGAUGUGCCCUGUGUUUUUUGGCGAAAGUAUAGAGGUCAACCCCGAACCGGCGCAAGAAAUUAGGUGCAACUCUGAGGUAAAAUACGGCUCUGAGAGGCAUUACAGGGAUGAUGUUUUCUACUGCCCAGUGCCCACUGUCACCACUUACAGUGAGACCAUCAUUGCUGCCCCUAACUGCACAUGGCGAAACUACAAGUCCCAGCUCAUCUUUGAGCCACGCCAGAAGCCUCUGAGGUUCCAAAGUACAACAAUUAUCUUCCCUAAACAUGCCAAGAACAUUUACCGGACCACACUCAACUACAGCCUUGGUUCUGCCAAAAGGUGGUUUGCCUCAAGUGUGCAGCUAGAGCUCUGUGAGGAGAACAGCCCCUGCAUUGCCUACACAGAAAAUCCUUAAUGCAAUAUUCUGCGUACUGGAGAACUCUUGACUACAACAUCAAUGUAAGGCUUAGGCCUACACUUGGAAGAGAAGCCCUUUAAGAUUUAUUGGCCUUGAGCUGAGGGCAUCCAUUAAAUGGCACCAGGCUAAUUCAUUUUCAUGCACAGUCUUGGAUGUACACACAGUCCAAGUGGCUUCCCUGCUCCCAGAAGCAGAUGAGGGAGAUAUUCCCAUGUGUGAAGCAGCUAGAAACUGCGUUUUGAUUCCCUUCAGCCUUGGAUCGAGCCUGUUUAAUUAGCACUUGAAUGCAAUCUUAAUAGUGAGGGCCUUCAGUUAUUGGGUUGCCAUUUUUAAAAAAGCAAUGCUCGUUUCUGUAGGUUUGGGAGGGGCCUUUGUAGCUUGUAGGGUGCUGCCAGUCAUAUGUUUGGAGACAAUGAUUAUGUCAAAGAAGACCAUCCCCAGUCUGGCAACUCAGCUUUGCAAAUACAUCAGGUAGAUCCUAGCAGGCAGUUCUUAGUCAAAUUACACAAUUAAUUUAAUCCUGGGAUCUUAACUAGAAGCCCAAGCAUAAAGAUUAUGGUGUGGUAGUGGUGGUUAACUCAUAGCUGUUGCCACCAAGAUGGGGUGGAAAGGGAAAUUUCCGCUUUUUUGUUGUUGGAGAUGAGUUGCUGGAUUCCCGUACAGGGGAUAUUCUUGGAAACCAGGUGUUUACAAUUCCUUGGCGACUGCAUUUAUAUAGGAACCCAACAAGAAGAUUCUUUUGGCAGUGGCCCUCUUCUAGGGUGGAUAUAACAUAUGGAAAAUGGCUGAUAAUAUAGUUUAAUGUGUGAGGAAAGAAUUUACAUAUGAACUCAUUCCUGCAGGAGGCUGAAUUUUUUUGACAAUUAUUUGUGCUAAAGAGUUGAAAGAUACUAGCUUUUUAGAAGCUUUUUAGUGUCUGGGACCAAAGGCCAUUUUUACUUUCUGGAAUAAAGGACUGUAAAAGGCCAAGGUUUCCUAAAUGGGGAGCUUGGCUCUCUAGGGGUAUGUGGUGGGGAAAUGACAUUUGCUUGGAUUUGGAGAAUCACAAACCUAGUAAACUGGAAGUAAAUGGAUGGAACAGGAAGUGACUGCAUGGAGAAUAUAAGGAAGGGAAGGGACUUGAAAGUGUUGGCUUAAUUGUGGAAGCAGUGGACAAUUGUGCAUACGAUGCACAACAAUUAUUGGAUUGCCAUUCUACAUAUUGCUUUAUAAAGUCAUGCCUUUGAAUGGGAAAAGAUGCACAGUUAAAUCAAUUGUGUAUCUCAGGUUCAAGAGUUAUUACAUAUCCAUUAUGCUGCUUAGAAAUAUUUGUUCUUUUGAAUGGAGAACAAUGUGCAUAUAAGUGAACUGCACAUAUAACUUGGCAACCAUUAUUCAGCAAUAGAAUUGUCACAGAAAUUACAUUUCUGCUUUUAAUUUUUUUUAAGUGUGCAGAAAACAUGAUGCCAGUCUUAUUGAAGGCAGAAAAAUAAGCCUGACUGGCUUGUCACAAUAAUCUUCCUACAAUUCUGGCCUGUUUUGCCUGUCUUUGAGACUAAAAAUGCAAGGGAGGUCUAGGCCUUAGUUUUCCAGAUUGCAACAGCUAUUGUUUCAAAAUGCUACCUUGGUGGCUGAAGGGAAAAGUAGUUUGAAUCUUUUAAAAUUUAUUUAGAAGCCUUGAUGUGUGGCAGAAUCAACCUCCAUCACAUACCUAAGAAAAAAUGAAAAAAAGGUGAGACAGAGUGAUCUCUGUAUUGGGAAAUGACAUUCUUUAAAUUCAUAAUUCAGAGUAAAGGCGUCUUAGAGUUCACUUCCACAUUAUGGCUACGACAUGUAUAAAUGCACCCCAUAUUUAAGAACAGUGAUUUGUUACAGAUAAACACCCUAGUGGCAGUUUACUACAGAUGCUGAAUACAGAUGGCUUCUUUUUAUCAGCAUGCCUCUGGAUACCUUUGGCUGGGGAUCAAAAGUGGGGAAAGUGCUGUCCUAGCAGCAUUUGGUUAGCCACUCUGGGAAACAGUGGCAGAAUGUCUGAAGCCUUGUUCACAUCAAAUGGUGUGUGGUGAUAAAUGCUUCCAGGAUCGCUGUACCUAUCCAAAGUGAAGGAAGGAGGUGGGAAGUUGAAUGCUUUCUCAUGAAAAAAAAAAUCUGCAUAUAUAAAACAAGGAUAUCUAGGAGAAACCUUGGAUAGGAUAGAGCUCUUCUCUCCGACAUCUGGGUUUUUUUGUGCAGGACAUUUUACAUUGGAACACAGGAAGCUGCAGUAUUCCAGGUCAGAACAUUGUUAUUGUCAGUAUUGUCUUUCCAGGGUUUCAGACUGGGCUCUCUCCCUACCUCGAGAUGCCAGGGGUUGAACGCAAAGCAGAUGCACCCAUUGAACAUCCAGUCACCCAGUCCCCUGCCUGCCGUCUGAAGCAGUACACAGGAACAAUUUUGUCACCUUGUGCUGUUUUGUGCGAACAAGCUGCUGAGCAACCUGCCAAGUGGCGAGGAGGGUUUUGGCACUCUUAACCUCAUCAGAAGUCUGGAGAUGUAUGUAGAAGUCACUUCAUCACCAUUGGACAUUACAGAUGGCUAGUUUUCCAACUGGUCACAUAAGUUGAUCAUGUGGGCAAAUGGUUGUCUGUGUUCAUCCUUUGUAGCAUCUUGCUAAGCAGUGAGAAGACUUUUUCCUCACUUUUGCAAAUUUACCCCACAUCAGAAAUGCGGGGACAGCAGGGAAGUAGUAAUUCUCCUGAUCACUUGAGAGGACAUUACAAUCCGAGCUCUCCACCCCUCCAAAAAACACCCUCAGCAACUUUACAUCUACACAUGGCUUUCAGCUAAAACAGAAUUGCUAUUGACUUUAGCCAGGGCAAGGGCCACGAUAUCCCAAAUAUAGUGGGUGAUAGAAAGUUUAUAUGUUGCCAGAUUCAGAAGACCUGCAAAUGAAAGAUGAAGCUUUUUUUGUGACUGAAGAUCUGAAUGCUAGAGAUAGGAUUUUAGAAUUGUUUUAUCUAUUCUAUGUUUUAUAAGGUUACUAUUAAUUUUGCAUUCAGAGCACAUUUUGUACAUCUAAGGGGCCUAUUUGCCCCAUUUUUUUAAAAAAAAUGGGGUGCUAUUUUUUAAAGCGAUAGAUCUUUAUAUAUUUAUUUUUCUCUCUCUUGGAGAUUCUGAAUACCUUAAGCAUAGUCUUUAAAAGUAUGCACAUAGAAAUCUUGUGUGCCUUAGUUCUGUCAUGCCCAAUCUUUCUUAGAUAUUGGACUGAUAGGCUUUAAUUCUAAAACUUUUAUUUUUCGCAACACCGUACACAAAUAAAAAAGUAGAGACCUUUACCACAACAGGCUGCAUUCCACAAAAAGCACUGUGUGUAUGGUGGGAAUGAAUUUAUGAAACUGUCUGAUGAAUAUAUGAAACCCCAGGUUACAUCCACGCCAUAAAUUUAAAGCACUGUUAUACCACUUAAUCCUUAGUCAUGGCUUCCCCAAAAGUAUCCUUCAAACUGUAGUUUGUUAAGGGUCUCCUAACAACCCUUAGCAUUCUUAACAAGCUACAGUUCCCAUGAUUCUUUGGGGGAGAAAUACAAUUCAGUUCACAUUUGAAACAAUCUAUCAGAUUUGCACUUUCUGACAAUGUGAGAACCAAAACAUAACCAUCCUUCAACAUUUGCAGUUAACUGAAUUUUGUGAUGCAGUUCUCCAACCAAACUAUAUAUAUAUAUUAGGGGAACGUGUGUACAAAAAUGAAUAUAUUAGUAGCAAAAAAUACAAAAAUAUUAGAAAUUCCUUGCACAAAUGUGCUCAGUAAAAAAUGCAUACAAAACUGUUUAUUAGGAGAAAUUCACACUAAAAUACUGAAGAAUUUUCACGUGGAAUUUUCAUGCAAAUUGCCACAGAACUGAAUGUAAGACUGGAAAAAUGAGAAACUGAGAUAACCAGCACUGACAGAUCCUGCCAUCUGUAGGAGGAAGCCAUGACAAAGUGGCAUGAGAGUUCUUUCAAUUUAUGGUGUGGGUGUGACCUGAGUCAAACCAUUGGUUUGUCUAGUCUGGUACUGGCUAAAAUGGCUAUCAAUGACUGUCUCUGGUUUCUGGCUAAAAGAUUCAUCAGCCUUGAUACCUACAUCCUUUUAACUGAAACACUUGGGAUUGAAUCUGAGAACCUGUGCAUGAAUACCUUUACUCUAUCACUAAGCUAUUGCCCGCUCCCUCAUGUGAGCAGUUGGAUCCAAAGGUGUGCUUCUGACAGCUUUCACUGAAGUGUUGUGUGAGAAAAGUGAAAUGACAUCCAAAGGUAAUCUGCUUGUGCAACCUUUUACACAAGCAAACACAUAAGAUUGCUGACUAAAGUAUCUGUAAAUUGCCGAGCUAAUGUAGAAAACAGUGUGUGGUAUUUACUCCUUAGAUACAACAAAAUACUUACACACACAUUGCAGUGGCAGGAAAAGAUAAAUUAUUGGUGUUAAACGACAACUAGCCCAUGUGUCCAUGCAAACACAGUAAAAGCACAGAAUGUUGGUAUUGGGUGUAAAAGUGAGAAUCUCAGCUUCCAUUGUUAAGAAAAACAAAAGAUGCUAACUCUGGUUUUAGAAAGGCAUCCACACCAUCAUACCACUUUAACAGUGAUGGCUUCCCCCAAAGAAUCCUGGGAACUUUUUUUUAAAAAAACAAGGUAAAUUCCAUACCAGGGGUCAUUAGAAAAGGUAUUGAAAGCUGCCGCUAUCAUAAUGCCAUUAUACAAAUCUAUGGUGUGGCCACUUUUAGAAUACUGUGUACAAUUCUUGUUGCCUCACCCCAAAAAGGAUAUUGUAGAGUUGGAAAAGGUUCAAAAAACAGCAACCAAAAUGAUCAAGGGGUUUGGAGCAGCUCCCCUAUGAGGAAAGGUUGCAGCACUUUGGGGUUUUUAGUUUAAUGAAAAGGUGAGUAAAAUGUGACAUGAUAAAAGUAUGCAUGGCAUGGAGAAAGUGGAUAGAGAAAACUUUUCUCCCUCAAAACACUAGAACUCAUAGACAUUCAUGAACAUUUGUGUUCACCGCCCAGAGAGCUAUUGCUAGUCGGGCGGUAUAUAAGUCUAAUAAAUAAUAAUAAUAACGAAGCUGAAUGUUGGCAGAUUCAGGACAGUCAAAAGAAAGGACUUCUGCACACAGCGCAUAGUUAAACUAUUGAAUUCGCUCCCACAAGAGGCAGUGAUGGCCACUUGGAUGGCUUUAAAAGAGGAUUAGAUAAAUUCAUGGAGGAUAUCAGUGGCUACUAGCCUCAAUGGCUAUGCUCUGCCUCCAGAGUUGGAGGCCAUGUACUUCCAAAUACCAGUUGUUGGAAACCACAGGAGGGGAGAAUGUUCUUGUACUCGGGUCCUGCUUGUCAGCUUCCCAUGGCCACUGUGAGAACAGGAAGCUGGACUAGAGCCAUUGGCUUGAUCCAGCAAGCUCUUAUGUUCUUACGCAAUUUGUGAAGGGUGCUGAGAGUUGUUCAGAGACCCCUUACAGAACUACAGUUCCCAGCACCCUUAACAAACUACAGUUUCCAGGAUUCUGUGGGGGAAGAAAUGGUUGUUAAAGUGGUAUAAGAGUGCUUUAAAUGUAUGGUGUGGAUGUGACUGGGCCAUUUUAAGUAAUGCGGCGGUUUGGCUAUGGUUGGCUUUUUAUUGCCCAAAUUAACACCCGGGCAGGCUUAAGAGAGGACUUUUUUUAAGUCCACGAGGCUGAUAGCAAGCAAAUGAAGCUCAAGUCCCAUAACAAUAGCCCCAGAAAGUGCUCUUCUCCAGCCUACAUUCUUCCAUCAUGAGGCAGAUCAGUCUUUUUUCCAGGCAUGUUUAAGCUCCACACCCUUCUCCAGGAGGUUUAAAUUACAACACACAAAAAUAUACACAAAGGACCCAAAGCGCUGCUGCAUUUAAACAACAAUGCAAAUGUUUAACAAAAGGGCACAAACACGUUUGCACUCUGUCACACGCUUUAAGGCUGUGACAGCAGGCCACCAGGUGAGAGGCCAUUUAUAAGCCUGUUACAAGCAGGUGUUUCUCUUCAGAAAAGCAGGGGCAGUUAUUCUGCAUUCCCAAAUCUAAUAAGGUGUGUGGUGUUUUUUUAAGUAGCUUGUCCUCUCUCAGGCCACAUUCACACUGUACAUUUAUUCCACUAUUCCACUUUAAACAGUCAUGGCUCCCCCGAAGGAAUCCUGGGAAGGGUAGUGUGUGAAGAGUGCUGAGAGUUGUUAAGAGACCCCCUAAUUAUCCUCAUAGAGCUACAGUUCCCUGAGUGGUUUAACAAUCAUUCCCUCUUCCCAGAAAACUCUGGGAAUUGCAGGUCUGUGAGGUAGGGUUGCCAGGUUCAAUCCCUGAGACUGAUCCUGUAUCUUUAGGAGAAAAAGUCAGCCAAGUGCAGGUGUUCUUGCAACCCUCUAAUAGGAAAAACCACCAGGUGGAAUUCUCCCUUCCCCCUGCACAACUUUUAAAGAUACAGAAGACCUCUUGGAGGGGUCUCCUAACAACUCUCAGCAUCCCUCACAAACAACACUUCCCUGGAUUCUUUGGUGGAAACCAUGAUUGCUUAAAGUGAAAUAAUAGUGGAAAUUUAAAUGUAAGGUGUGAAUGUAGCCUCAGUAACUUAUGUUUUUCCACUGUAGUUCUGUAGAGGGAAAUAUUAGGAUACAUUCAGCAGUAGACCAGUGCUGUAGUCUUAUCUGUAAAACAAAUUAAGGAUAUUGGCCCCUCCAGAUGUCCUUUUUAUUGUACAUCCGUUAUGAUUUGUGCUUAUGAUGCUACAGGGGUGGUCACACAUGAUCCCGCAUUAAAUACUGUUUGCGCCUGGAAAGUUUUGGAGCAGUCACACUGCCCAUUUCCAAUCAGUGUAACAGUUAAUACCACAAAUCUUCUGGUAUAUUUUUGUCCCGCUGUAGUUUGCACUGUAGCCCUUCCGGAGAGCAAUAAUGUAGCACUGGGGAGCAUCACAAAACAAUAUAAAGCAGAAUAAAUCCACCACUAAUGCACUAUUAGUGUGUGAAGAGCAUAUUGUAGAAUACACCUGCAAUAAAACACUCAUCUAGAGGGACCCUUUUAUGUGUAUUCCUGUUUAAAUGAAUGGAAGUUUUCCCACUGAGUUAGAUUGGGUGUUUAAAAAUAAUUGGGUGUUUAAGAAAAACCACAUGGUGUUUCCAGUUGAAAUGAGAUACCACCUGAGUGGAAUGCUACAUGCUUAACAAUGUACAAGCCUUGGUGUCAUUUUUAAUGCUAAGCACUUGGUAGCGGGGAGGACUUUUAAGUAAAUGGCUGGACUUAAAUAGGGUUGAAUGAUCAUAUGUGACAUCAAAACAUGGUUUGCACUAAGCAUAAGUCAGAUUUCAAACUAUUAGUUGUGUCUUCCACCUGUAUGGGCAUAUCAUGGUUUGUGUGGUUUCCCUCUUUCGCACCUUUCCUCAGAAUUCCCAGGUGCAGCCUUUUAAAGGUGGGGUGAUGUCCCAAACCAUGGUUUGUUCAGAUGGAAUGCCAAACCAUGGUUUGCCCAAACUAGCUUCAAACUGUGCUUUCAGUUCCUAGUUUGUGAGUUGCUCUCGAAUGGUGUCUGUUCAUAGGUCAUUACAAACCAUGCUUUGGCUGUGCAAGCAAUUGUUUGGCAUUACAUCUGAAUCGUCUGAUCAUUUUGAACGCUUUUCUUUUUGUGUUCACAAAAGCUACUACAUCUGUGGAAAACAAAAUUUCAAAGUGUGAAGAAGGUAGUGGAUGAUGAUUUGAUGGUCAGAGGGGGAGACAAAAAUAGCUAAUGGGUCUUUUGACAUAGAUGUGUAAUUACUUUUUUAUAGCUCUACUCUUUCUAAGUGCUUACAAAAGUAUUUCUGCUGUUUUAUAUGUCGCAAGAAGCUGUUUUGCAGUGCCUUUUUAUUUUUAUAUCUAUAUAAAUAUGUUAUUUCCCCUUUUCUUCAAUAAUGCCUGUCUGUUCAACUAAUAGAAAAUAAUUUAAGGAUUUUUAAUAUUGGUUUAAAAAAACCCCUAUAUAUCAUAAUAAAAUGAUGGAAUGCACUUAUGCUUGUGUUUUGCAUCUUUUCUAAAAUAAAAUUUUCAUUCUUUUCUAUGCCACCUUUCAGCCAAGGACAGUUCACAAUAAAAGGGCCAAUAAAAUAAGAUAUACUGUCCCCUUACUCCCAUGCCCGCCACUACAUUCCAUGGUAGAUGACCUCCUGGAAGAACUGAGAGCUAUUACUAUUUACCUUGAGUCCGCCAGAGGCAGGGCUUUCAAUGUUGUGGCCCCUCUAAUGUGGAAUUCAUUACCAUUUGAGAUUGCUCCAACAAUCUGCUCUUUCAGAUGCACCUUUUACUUACACAAGCCUUUUCUAAAUGAAAUUUUAAAUUACUCUCCACUCAUCAU